AUGGGGUAUACUGUCGACGUCAGUGAUAUCGGCCGGGCGCAGGAUGCAGAUGAGUGGGGAAGAGAUACAGAGGUGGGUGGGGCGUUGCUGGUGGUGAUAUUCACGAGAAUCGAUGUUGUGGAUCGAGAUGUGAUUGAGAAAAAGGCUAGGACAGUCGUUCAAGGAAUGUUACCCCAGUUACAGCAAUCAUCUUCAUCACCGUUAACGACUCCUCCGACUCCUCCUCACUUGCCUAAACUCUCCACUCCUAUCGCUCACCGCCUCCUGCAACCUCCAUCCGCCCAGAAGCCUCUUCCCCUCCAAUCAAUCGGCAAUAUCGUGAAAUUCAGUAUGGAAGACCUCCGUGAAUCAUUCCUCCGAGUUGAAGAAUUCUGGUACGAACCAGAGGUCGCCUAA